CCGCCACCCACGUGACGUGCCUUGACUCGGUUAAGGGGACAGGGUGGUGGACAACGACAGGUCCCGGGCGCGCGUUUGUUGUCGUCCCAGCGGGUGACGAGGGCACGAGAGGAGGGACACGAGCGGUGAGGAAGAGACCACGUUGGCCACCAUGUCGCACAAACUGCUGAAGCCUGUAAGCUACAUGGAGGGGGGGUACAGCUACUGGCCGGUGCUGUCUCCACGUGGAAUCCGCCUGUACACCUACGAACAGGUGCCUUGUUUCCUGAAAGGAAACCCGUACAUCACGGACGGAUAUCGAGCGUACCUGCCCUCUCGCCUCUGCCUCAAAAGCCUGUUCAUUGUGUCCAAUGAGACUGUGAAUAUCUGGAGCCACCUCUUUGGAUUCUUGCUCUUCUUCUCCCUCGGGGUCUAUGACACCCUGGUGAUGCUGCCAGCCGCUCAAGCAUCACACGACGAUUACAUCAUCUACACAAUCUUCCUCUUCUGCUUCCAGGUGUGCAUGCUGUGCUCUACUGGUUACCACCUCUUCUGCUGCCACCGCUCGGAGAAGACAAGUCGGCGCUGGCUGGCGCUGGACUACGCUGGGAUAUCUGUUGGAUUGCUGGGAUGUUACAUACCAGGAGUAUUCUAUGCCUUUUACUGUGAAGAGUACUGGAGGCAGGUGUACCUGGUGACGGUGCUGGCCGUCAUGCUGCUGGUCUUCUUUGCCCACAUCCACCCGCAGUACUUUUCCCCGCAGUGGUAUACCACGCGCCUGGUCAUCCUCUCCUGCGUCUCUCUCUACGGUGUCAUCCCCACCGUGCACUGGAUCGUGCUCAACGGAGGACCCACCACCACUAUCGUGCAGGACUUCUCACCCCGAGUGAUGAUCAUGUACCUGCUUGCCGGCGUUGCAUUUGUCUUCUACGUUGGCAAGGUUCCGGAGAGGUACUUUCCUGGCCACGUGAAUUUUGUGGGUUCCAGCCAUCAGUGCUGGCACAUCCUGGUGGUAUUUAUGUUUUACUGGUGGCACCAAACCGCAGUGCUGAUCAUGAAGUAUCGCCACAGCACGCCCUGCCACGAGACGUCGCUCCGGUCAUGAGGGCCAGAGCACAAAGCGCUGCAUUGUGUGCAAUAACAAGGGGGUUAGAUUCAAACAGAAAAACACUACAUUUUGUAUGGGAAGAAACAUCUUUGGAUGUAUUGUCCUAUGCGAAGUGCAUGUUAUAUAAGAUAUAUAACGUUAAAAAAGGAAGCACUCCCAUCGCGCUUCUUGAACUUUCAUAACAGGAUGAAAACCAAAAACAUUGUGAAUGGGUAUUUAUUAUUGCUGAUUUGACGACGUUUUUUCUAAGUCUUACUUGCCCGUGGCAAUUGACUGCAAAGAGCGAGGUCUUUCAAAUAUUUCUGUCAUUUGUUGAAUGCUAUGAUAUUUUAUUUAUUAAUUUCUUUACAUCGAUGCUAACAUUGUUGCGGAUAUGCUGCAAUUAAUCAGCUGGCUUUGGAGGUGUGCAUUAACCAUUCUAUAAAACAUACUCUGAAUGUAUUAGUCCUCUAUCAUCAGGAUAUCGUCUGUGACACGGAAAGUCGAGACUACUGAAAUGUACAGAAAGAUCUAAAAUCAACUUGCGUUUGUCAUGCACAAAUCAUGGUCAGUAGUCGUUUGUAUUUGACGUGAUUUCAGUGGCAAUCUACCUGUAGUCUGCAGACAUAAAUGCUUUAUUUAUAGACCUGGUCAGGGCUGCCUUGUAAAAAAAAAGACUCCGGAUCGUCAUGGGUUUUUUAGCUGGUUAUAAUUAAAGGUCUUUAAUCUUUCUUAGUUUUAUGUUUAGAUUAAGUGUAUCAUGUAUAUUUCAUUGAAUUCGCGCACAUCUAUCAGAUCAAAACAAGCAUCACUGAAGCAGUGUAAAAAUAACAAAGAUGAAAGAAAUUGGUUCUCUGAGACAAUGUCCUUCGCAGAGUAUUGAGCCGCUGCUUAUGAGGUCCUGUAUCUUAAUCCCAGUUCAUGAGCUCAGACGAGACGCAGCCGUUGACUUGUGGGCAAUCACCCGAGGUGGCAUAACAACUUUAGCGGUUCCAAUGUCUUUGUCGUCAUUAGCAGUGCAUUCUGUGAUAACAAUUCGAUAUGAGUGAGCUGUCAUAUAAUUUAAUCCCAAUAUCCAUGUAUAUGCAUACAUCGUUAAGACUAAAGUUUUGCUAUUUUAGCUGGCACCAAUCUCUGCUCUGGCCCAUGGACUGAGUCGGCUGUCCAAGAUUAAACCAGAUUCUCAAUCACAAAGAAUUUAUGGCCUCAGCCUGAUUAUAAUUGACCAUACAAAAACAACAUCGUGUAAAUGUGGUUUCCCUGUUGCUUGGCUGGUCCCAACCCUAAGGGAUGAAGCUUUUAGUGAGUUCACCGUUCAGCCUUGGAAGUGCUUCUAUAUUGCCUGCAAGUACUUCUGUGUUGCCUGACUAAAAGGUCGUUCAUUGUUGACAGGAAGAUUGGUAGUUGUCCACUGUCAGCUCCCACAGCAUUGCCCUGUUUUGAUGUGAGGCUGAAUUUACUAAGAGUUCCAACAAGAUACGUUUUUUUCUCCUGCCUUAAUUUUUUAGUUUUUUGUCAAAAUAUAGAUUCGAUUCUAAAUUAGCCGCAUUAAUGAGGCUGAACACUGUAUGGGUAAAUAUUGGGGGGUGUUUUUUUGUUUCUUUAACAUGAAUUAUGUUGGUUGCAGAAGAUUGACAGAUGGGAAGAUGUGGUGGAGGGAUGGGGGCCAUAUGACAUGCGGUGCCGAUGUGUGCGUUGCACUGUGAACCUGGCGUCCAACGGUUGCUUCCCUGCCAGGGCUAGCAUCGGCGGUGAGUGAUGUUUGGUCUGGUCCAAAGCAUCCCUUCUCCAAUUUGCACUGAAGUGUGGUAACAAAAAAAACCCUUGAACUAACAUGUAUAGGGAGGCCUUCAUCCAGCAGUGGAUUGACGGUAUGUCACAGGAAAAGCUGAAGGAUCGAGUAUAAAAACGAAAUCGUGAGGUAUUGUGACAACAGUGUUGGCCGUGAUAAUCUCUUGCAAGUGCAAAUUAUCAUCGGCGUUUCUUACUCAACCUACGGCAUGCUUGGGUGUUUGUAACAUUGAAUUAAACGGGUGACACAAAGGCCACACUAACGUCUGUCAGCAAAACUUAACAAAGUAAAAUUAAGUGCAAAGACUGCUGGAGACACGGUGUAUAUAGGAAAGGAUUGUAGAAUUAAUCAUGAAGACGAGGCCUGUCGUGGUUGGGGCGUGCAGGAUGGGGGUAGAGUACUUCGAUAAAGGCAAGCCUUUGGAACGUGGAAUUAAGGGGACAGCCUCAAGUCAGAUCGAUAUGGGGGAGGGAGGUGGAGGCUGGUAUGAUCGCAUCAGUGGCAUUCGCCACAGUGAUCUGUUGGAUCAUUUCAAGAAUAUGUCCAUAGCCCAUUUGAACAUUCAAAUAGGUGUGACCACAAUACUGUGGUUAGAUUGUGCUGUAAAAAAUAAAUACGGGGAAACGGUGAGACGUGAAAUACAAUUCAAAUAGAGUUUCUGGGUACGUUAUUGUGCUGUGAAAGACUGCGAGAUAUGUCUGUAAAUAUUGUCCCAGGUUAAAUGGACGAGUUUCAUGUCCGAUAUUACAUUUGUAUUUUUCGUAAUUCAUAUAAAACUUGAACGUGUGUGCAGUGUUUUGAGUUGCCAUAACACUGUUCUUCACAAUACCACCUUAAACCACGUGAUAUCUUACUACAGCCUGCACUGGUGCAAUCGCAUGUGUAACACUUUAAUAACUACUAACUCUAUCCAUAAAAAAAAACUUUUAGUAUUUCUACAUUUUUUAUGCUGUAUUAUCUUUUUUUUUACUUGGUGUUUUAUUGCCCACAAAUGUGUAUCACCUUUGUUGUAGCAGACAUGUUCGUGUUAAAUUGUCCUGCAGUUAUAUUUACGAAACAAUUACCGUCUCAAUGCAAAUCAACAUUCAUGAGUAAAAUAGAUUUUUGACACGUUUCAAUGUCGUUUUUCAUAAAAAUGUUAAUGCUUAAAAUGUACAACGUCAUAAUGUGUGGGUUUCAAUCGACAUGUCAAGAUGUUGGAAGAUUAAAAGGCAAUGUUAAUUGUUAAACAUUGUUUGAUUAAAGUAUUUUAAUAAGCUGAAGGAUCUUAAUGACCUGUUGGUUUGUAGAUUAUCAUUGGGUCAGAAAUAUAUCUACAAAUGUAAUUUUCCGCAUACAAACCGUCAUGUUAUUAUUUUUGGUAUUUCAGAACAUUAACUUGCACUUACAAGGUCCUAUUUUUUCUUAUAAGCCUUACUACCAACAUACCACACUCUGAGAUUCAUGAUCAAUGUGCUCACAACAUUGGCAAUUGUAGCAAUAAAACCCACCUUGUAUAAAACAUUUAAAUCAUGCAGUUUACAAUAAAGUUUCCGAGCUCAAAUCCCAACGCUUCAUCCGUUUGCAGUCAAUAAAUCGGUUCCACUGGUCAACAGGAAGUAAUCAAUUUACAAUUUGAGUACGACGUUUCGUUUUAGUAACUAAUUAGCACGUUUUGUAUACGUGACAAACCUUACUAAUUAGCUGUGUCAGGUGCUGGGGGGUUAACGACACAUGUACGCGAUCUCAUCCAAACAAACCCUUUUUGAUUAAUAUUGGUCACGAAAGCCUACGUGUCAAACUGAGGUCAUCAGUUGACCUAAGGGAAGUUAACAUGAUAUGAGUUUUCAACUUGAUACAGAUGGGCUCUGCUUAGCUUUUUACAGCAGGGAUACACUUGUAGUGGACUUCACUAAAUUAAAACCAUGUUAAUUUGUGUUAUUAUUCUCUAUGAAAACAUGCAUUGCACUCAACAGCUCUGGGUCGUCUUUGCUCGCUAUCGAACCAACCCGGGUCCCGAGAUCUUUGAGAACAUCCCAAUGUCUUUGUCCCCAAUUACGUUGAAGCUCUGAAACAGAAACGCGUGAUAGUCUAAUAAUCAAUGCUGAGCCAUGCUUACAAUUAGCAGUGGUGAACACGUAUUUCUUCUAGAUUUGAAGCUUUCGUGACUGCAAGGAUUCACUCAGGUUUUUUCGGUAAAGUCACGUAGGUAAACAUAAAAUAAUACAAAUAAAAUAA